AUGGAUGACCUCUCGAUCCCGGAGACCAACAAGAAGAAGCCGAGGGUCGAAGCGCUCUCCAAGGUCGAGUUCCUCCUUGGCAUGAUCAACUCGGGUUGGCCCGGGGAAGACAGGGACCUCGACGAAAUCUGGAUCACCCUGCGAGAUGCCACCGAUGAAAUGCUGCGCCAUGUCGAGCGUGACGGGCCAGGACUCGAUUGGUUUGGCAUCGAGCUGAGGCGUGCGAGAAAGAAAAGAAUGGCAAAGCAGAAGUCGCAACAGUGGUUCGCGCUGAAGUCUCGGCAAGGCACCAACCCUUUUGUGGUGGCCAAGUGCUUCGAAAACUUCAAGACGUUUAUGCGCAAGAAGCACGGCAACCUCAUCCGAGCUUGGAGGCAGGAUUUGACAGUGAACGAUGCAAUGUCGAUCGCCAAGGUCAAGUUCCUCCGCGAGGCAGCAAAGCUUGGGUUUUCGCGUGAUGCGAAGGACUUGUGGAGAGCUUUAGACAAGGAUGAAUCCGGAACAGCUUCGGUGGAUGAGUUGGACCCGGUGGGGGCUGAAACUCUCGCCCACUUCAAGGUCUGGGUGGACACUGAGUUCGGUGGCAUACGGAACGCCUUCAGGCAGAUAGAUGAUCAAAAGCCUAGGUCCAUUACGAUCAAGGAGUUCGACAAGGCCCUACGGAACUUCAACUUCCCGAGGCAAUCGAAAGCUCUGUUCCAGAUGCUGGACAAGGACGCGAAUGGAAAGCUGGAAAUGGAGGAUCUCAUUUUCCUUGAGAAAUGGCAGCCACUCGAGUUCCUCUUGAUGGCCCCCGAUCACCAGGCCAAGCAGGAGUUUCGGGAGCUCUUGCUUGCGAAGAUGGGAAAGUACCUGAAAGCCUGGAAGCGCAUCCUGGACAAGGAUGCCACCAACCGCUGCAAUUGGUACGAGUUCCAGGAUGCUUGUAAAGAAAUCGGCUUCCGCGGGAACAUGGGCGGGGCCUGGCGGGCCUUCGACGAAGACUUGUCAGGUUACAUUACCCUGAAAGAGCUCGACGAGCAGGCAUCGGCGGUCCUCCUGGGCUUUCGACGCUGGGCUAUCCAAGAGUUUGGAUCGGUCCGGCAGCUUUUCCAGAUCUUCGACAAGGAUGGGUCCAACAGCCUCAGCUUCCUGGAAUGGCGUGGGGCUCUGAGGGUAUAUGGCUACGAUGGACCCAGCAGGGAGCUGUUCCAAGCUUUGGACGUGGACCAGGAGGGCACCUUGUCAAUGAAGGAGGUGGACUUCUUGGACGACUGGGAUCUAGACCUGGAGGAGGAGCUGCCAGAGAGUCAGAGCCGACGGCCUUCCAACCAGCCACGGCCGACGAGCCCGGUGGAUUGGAUUGUCAUUACAGGUGGUUGA